UCAGCUGCUUUAGUUCUGGUCUGGGAUCAGUUUAAACCGAAACAGGAGGAAGAUCUGCUGGAUUUAUGGGAAAUGUUUUUACCUCCAAAGUUUGAACUUUCCUCUGAGACAGAACGGAUUUAUUACUGCUGGGAUCCAGUUCUGUCCAAUAAGACUCGUCCGUCCACAUUAGGAAUCUUCUGUCCCGCUAACAUGAGCCUCGAUGUUCUCUCUCCUAUCGCACCGGAGCCUCCGUCUCCGAUGCUCACCUCCGUUACCCCGGUAACACCGGACACCUCCACCUGCCCUGCCUCCAUCAGCUCCGCCCCCCUCAUGGACCUGGAGCAGCCCGAGGACGGAGCCUCGCUGUCGGGUUCAGAGCCCAGCAGAGGCAGCCUGUCUGGGGGAGGAACCCAGGAGGGAAGAGAUGCCUCCAGGAGGAUGAAGAAACCUCCUCCUCUCCACACCGGAGCCGACUGGAAGGUGGUCCUUCACCUGCCGGAGAUCGAGAAGUGGCUGAAGGCCACCAGCGAUAGGGUCACUCAGCUUUCUCACUCUGUGGGACAAGAUGGAGACAACCGACACGUGGACGUCCACCUGGUGCAGCUGAAGGACAUCUGUGAGGACAUCUCAGACCAUGUGGAGCAGAUCCAUGCUCUGCUGGAGACGGAGUUUUCUCUCAAGCUUCUGUCGUACUCGGUCAACAUCAUCGUAGACAUCAGGACGGUGCAGCUGCUUUGGCAUCAGCUCAGAGUCUCGGUUCUGGUUCUGAAGGAGCGUCUGCUUCAGGGUCUGCAGGACUCCAACGGAAACUUCACCCGACAGACGGACAUCCUGCAGGCCUUCAGCCAGGACCAGCACCAGACCCGGCUGGACGCCCUGACGGAGGUGGACGACUGUGGUCAGCUGACCAUCCGCUGCAGUCAGGACUACUUCUCUCUGGACUGUGGCAUCACCGCCUUCGAGCUCAGCGACUACAGUCCUAGCGACGAGCCUGACGCCCCCGGAACCCGACCCAGAACCCAGGACGCCCCCGGAACCCAGCCCAGGACCCAGGACGACCCACAAGACCCGAACCAGGACCUGAACCAGGACCCUGGAGUGGAGGAGAGCGGGUCCCACCUGUCCAACCUCCACCACAGCUUACCUGACCUCUCCACCACCGCCGGCUCAGCCAACCAGAACCACCGUGUUUUACCCACAAUGCAAUGCAGCAGCCUCAGUGACAGCGUGAAGCGCCCCCUGCAGGCCUCCAGCCUCGGCACCGAGCCGUCGCUUCCAAAGAGAGCCGCCCUGCUGCCGGACUCCAGGGGAGGAUCAGGAGAAGUCAGUCCGGUCUCGGGGCUCCAGUUCCAGGCCGAGCUGAGCCGCAGCACCCCCUCUCUCAUGGAUCCUCCGGACCGGUCCAAGUUCUGGCUGGAACUGGACUCGGUUUAUCCAGAACACGUCUCUCAGUCCUACGAGAGUCUGCAGGUCAUGAACAGCCGUAACCUCAGGAGACACUGUGUGAGCUCCAGACACCCAGAGGGGAGCGUCCAGAGGCUGCAGCCCGGCCGGAGGAGCUCAUCUGGGGCCGGACCGACCGCCGGCGCCCCCCCGCCUCUCCAGGACCCGAAGCCUGAGGAGGGAAAACCAAAGCAAAUGGAGAGCAGGAGAAAGGAGACACGUUCUCCCAGCGAGGAGUCCGACUCCUCGGCCUCCCCCGUCAGGGAGCAGCCGCCCUCAGACCUGGAGGCGUCCGGAGAGGACUCGGACCCCCGACCGCCCCCCAAGACGGAGGUCUGGAUCCUGAAGCGCCACAAGGGGGCCCAGCUCUCCAGAACCAGUCCAGACCGGCAGCACUGGUUCGGGUCCGAGGAGUUCUUGGCUCUUCCUGCUCAGCUCCGGAAAACGGAGAUGUUGGCCCUGAAGCUGGAGAGUCUGACCCAGUCCAUCCCUCUGAGACCCGGAGACUCGGCGCUGCAGGACGUGGAUGACUGGGACCUGACGGAGCUGAACUGGGACCUGGUGGACGACGUGGAGAGUUCAGACAACGUUCCUUCUCCUCCGCCGGUGCUGGCUCCCUACAGAAGGAACCUGCUGACCCGCUUCAGUCCCUCGUCCUCGCCUCUGGAAGGAAGUAUCGAGUCGGGUCGGCUGAGCGAGCUGCAGUCUGAGGAGGAGGAAGGACGGACAGAUGGACGGCUGACGGCGCCCCCGGUGGACGGACGGGGAUGUUCUGGUCUGGUCCAGAGACUCCUGGAGGACAUCCAGAGUCAGGACAAAGAACCCGACGUCUGGAGGAAGAUAGAGCGUCUGGUGCGGCAGUUAGACGGCUUCAUCUCGUGGCUGCAGGAGGCUCUGGACAGCACCGAGAACUGGACCCAGCCCAGACAGGACCUGGACAGCCUGAGGGUUUACCUGGACACACACCUGAGCUUCAAGCUGAACGUGGACAGUCACAGCGUUCUGAAGGAGAACAUCAUGGAGGACGGGAAGGAGCUGCUGGCCGUCAUCACCUCCAACCAAUCAGGUCUGAAGGAAAUCCUCCAGAUGGUUUCCAGCCAAUGGGAUCAGCUCCAGCGGCAGAUCCGGCGCCAACACAGCUGGAUGCUCCGCGCUCUCCGCUGCAUUCAGGCUCGCCUCUUCUACUCCAGCCAAUCACACGAGCCCUUCGCCACACUGGGGGACCCGUCGGCCAAUCAGAAGCCUCCGUGCUCGGCGGACGGCCUGAAGAUGGAGCUGAUCUCCAGUCAGUGUGAAGCUCAGAGAGUCGCUCUUGAGCAGAUGUCCAUCAGACUGAGCAGCCUGCAGUACCCCUCACCCACCAACAGGAGGCAGUGCAGCCAGGUGGCCCAGAACAACAGCCUGCAGGAGUUUGAGGCCGAGUACCAGGAGCUCUGGGAUUGGCUGAUGGACAUGGACGCCAUGGUAACCGACAGCCAUCAGCUGAUGAUGUCAGAGGAGCAGAGACAUCACCUGUUCAAGAGCUCCUACACUGAGCUGAUGAUGAUGGAGGGGAGGAAGAGCAGCCUGCUGGGUCGAGCUGAGUCCCUGAAAAGGAGCUCAAUUCACCUGCCCAGUACCUUCCACUGCAGGAUCCACAACCUGACGCACACCUGGAACCAGCUACAGGAGAUCCUGUCAGAGCGUUCGGGGCCCGGUUCCUCCCAGCAGAACCGCCGUUCUAACGGGAAUAUCCUGCCGUCUGGAGGUCGAGGAGGCUCCGUGGAGAACCCUCGUUCUGCUCUGUCUCCUCUGACCAACUCUCUGCUGGAGCAGCUGGAGACCAGGAUCAAGGAGCUGAAGGCCUGGCUGAGGGACACCGAGCUGCUCAUCUUCAACUCUUGCCUCCAGGACAAGGACCAAUCAGAGCAGCUGCUCAGCUUCAAGUCUCUGUGUUCGGAGAUCCGAUCCCGACGUCGAGGCAUCUCUUCGGUCCUGAAGCUCUGCCAGAAGCUGCUGCAGCAGAGUCAGACGGGGCCCAUGGCGGAGGUGGGCCCUGAGGCCGAGCAGCACCGUGAGGACCUCCAGCUGCUGUCCAUCAACCUGGAGCGGCGCUGGGAGGCCAUCGUCAUGCAGGCGCUGCAGUGGCAGAACCGGCUGAGGAAGCAGCAGCAGGUUCCUGGGAGCCUCCUGGAGCCGGGUUUGGUGGACCUCCGUCAGAUCAGCCCCAUCUCAGCAGGUCCAGUGGCUCCAGCUCCAGAAGACUCCUGGGAGUGGGACGACACCGACAUGACCAUCACAGAAUCAGAACCACCAGAGGAACCCGACCUGAAGCAGAACCUCCCCUCAGAAUCAAACCUGCCUUCAGACGGCGCUCCGACCAACAGCAACCAACCCGCUGAGGUCAGAACCGAGGAUCCGGCCAAUCAGUGUCCAGAGAUGGAGUCCAGAACCUCCAGAACCGUCCCCCAGAACAACAACAUCUACCAGGUCUUCAGCCUCCACCAGGUGGAGCUCUACCGCCAGCCCCACUUCCCUCAGACCUCCCUGAACAGAACCAAGUCCAAACGGAAGCUCCUGCUGAAGAGCCUCAGCAAAGACUCAUCCUUCUCCUCCAUCGAGUCUCUUCCAGACCUGCUGGGAGGUCGAGGAGGAGAUCGGACCGAGGAGAGCGAAGGAGGAAGAGGAAGCGGCCGGUCGACCAGUCGGAGGUCGGAGUGUGAGAGCGGGAUCGUCAGCGACACCGGAGACACCGAGACCACAACCGCCACGGAGGAGGAACAUCUGAACGACCACAGGACUGAAGGCCAGAAGAAGGAGAAAGCAUGGAGGAGGGAGGAGCUGAGAGGAGAAACCAAGGGAACCAGGGAGGAGGAGAAGAGGAGGAGGACCAGGAGAGGAGGAGAAGCUGUGGAGGUCCUCAUCAACGGACGAGGAAUCCUCACUCCUGCCGACUCGGACUCGGACUUCGAGGUGGGAGAAGUCAGCGUGGAGUCCUGCAGAGAUGUCGGUCAGCUUCCAGGUCUGGAGACGCCUCCUGCUGGGAGGCGCCGGGCCUCCUCUCCUGCUCUGUCCCAGGGCUCCUCCCUGGAGUCCCUCCUGGCUCUCGGCGUUGAGUUAUUCCCGUCCAAAGACCCUCUGCAGCGAAGCGCCUCCCUGGAGAGCUGCCUGCUGCCGUGUCGGAGCGCCGACGAGGAGACGGGAGGCCUGGGUGAGCAGAGAGGAGGACACGCUGGAGGAGAACCAGAGAGGAAGAAGAACCCUGAAGCUGUCCCAGGAGAACCCUCCUCUGGGGAGCUGAGCAGGAGAACACUGGAUCUCCUGAAGCGUCUGGAGAACAUCCAGAGUCCUCUGGAGGCCAAGAUGACCCGCAGCGUUUCCGACAUGACGCUCCGCAGCACCUCCCCUCAGAGGAGUCGACUUCCUGCGUCUCCUUCUCUCGGUGGUCGUCAGGGUCUUCUGUCCGGAGCUCCGUCCAGGAGAGGACCACCGUCGCUGAUCAACGAGAGCUCGGCCACGGCGUCUCUGACGGAGCUCAGCAGCACCGAGGACUCGUCUCUGGGCUCCGAAGUCUUCAGAACCCGGCGCCGGGUCGAGGAGGAGCCUCCCAACGCCAACUCCUGCAGGAAGCGUUGUCACGGUAACAGAGGAGGCGCCGACGAGGCGGACGCGGCGAGUCUCAGCAUGGUGGUGAACGUCUCCGCCUGCACCGACGAGGACGAGGACGACAGCGACCUCCUGUCCUCCUCCACGCUCACGCUCACCGAGGAGGAGCUGGGCGUCCGGGACGAGGAGGACGAGGAGGAGGAGCGACUCAGCGGAGCGUCUUCAGCCAACGAGGACGAAGACGACGAGGACGAGGAGGAGAUGGAGGGAUCCUACGUGCUCGGCUUCGAGUACAUGAAGAGGGAGCUGCAGAGCUGGAUCAGACCUCCUCGCACCUCCUCCUCCUUCUCCAGAACCGAAGCUGGACUCAGAGACGAGCUGCAGUGUGGAACCAACCUGACCUCCUACUCCUCCCAGAGCAACGAGCAGCGCUGCUUCCUGUCCGGCAGGCUGAAGGACACCAGGACAGAGCAGAGGGAGACAGAGGAGGAGAACCGGAGAAACGCCACCAGGAGCUACAUCAGCCAGUUUGUGGAUGAUGUGGAGAACGGGAACGUGGAGCAGAGCUGCCUGAAGGGGAGGGACGAAGACGAGCUGCUGAGGGAGGAGGCCAGCGUCUUCACCAAGAAAGGAGAACCUCUGAGGGAGGCGUUCGUCUAUGCCGGAGACGUCCACCUGGUGGCGAAACAGGAGUCGGACUGCGAGCUCCGCCCCUUCGCCUCCAACCGAGGCUCCUCAUUGGUCGGCCAGCUGAGAGGGGAGCUGCCGUGUCACAGCUCCGCCCAGCCGUCGCCUCCGUUGCUGUCUCCGGUAGACGACUGCAGAUCCACCAGCAGAACAUCUGCAGGAAGGAAGGCCAUCACCAUCCAGGAGAAGUUCAAGUUCUCCUCCUUCGUGACGGAGGAGACGAAGCAGCAGGUCAGAGACAAAGACUCAUCUCCGAAGCCCAGGAGGUGUCUCCAUCCUCAGACCUCCUGCUGCUUCUCCUCCACGCCUCACGGCAGCAAGGAGGACGUCCACGGCUUCGUGAUGGAGAUCAUCGACAUGACCUCGGUGGCCCUGAAGAGCAAAGAGAACCAGACUGAAGAACCCGACCAGAACGUCCAGGAACCGAGUCCAGCGUCGCUGGCUCAGAUCAGAGACAAGGUCCUGGAACACGCCCACCGUCCUCUCCACCUGCGUAAAGGUGACUUCUACUCCUACCUGUCCCUGUCCUCUCAUGACAGCGACUGUGGAGAAGUCAUCCAGUGUUCUGAGGAGAAGAGCUCCACUCCAGCGCCGUACAGCCUCCCGUCCUCCAUCCACAGUCCCAGUCCAGACCUGACGGGGGACUCCAGGACCGCCGUUCUGGACCUGGACCAGACCAGUCCGGUUCCAUCUCUGCCUCCCAGUCCAGACAUCCGGGACGAGGAGACGCUGUUCCCGGCCUGCACUGAGGAGGUCUACCUGGGCCCGCCGCUCUGCUACAGCAUGGUUCUGACCAAGAAGGCCCGCCGCCUCCGGAGGGACGGUUCUGAUCCCGGCCCAGUUCCUGGAUACAACCUACCUGAGACAGGUGAGGCUCUGGGCUACCUGACCGUCCAUCUGGACUCCAGCCAGGAGGACUUCCAGGCCUCAGAGGAGCCUCAGGGCCCCGGAUCAGAACCUCCUGCCUCCUGUGGCGGUGAGCGGCGAGGAGCUGUGGCUGUCAGCAGGCAGCAGAGCGGGAACCCGGCUCCUUAUCUUAAUCCCUGGGCUCGUGUCGGGCCGAUAGACUCCUACCGGCGUUCAGCAGAUACUCCAGCGCUCCAAUCCAAUAACGGCGCCGUAAUGACCCAGAUAAGAGUCCGCAGCGCCGCCACAAAUCCCCCCAAAGAGCCGCCCGCCGGCGUUAAUCCCCAAAUGAAGCGCCGGCCGAUGGGAGGCGAUAAGGAGGAGGGGCAGCGGGGCAGGAAGGGGCGGAGCCUCCCACUGCAGGACGCCAGCCAGGUGAACUCAGCUGUCAAUCACACCUCCAGAUCAUCACAGGGGCGGAGCCAAGCCUCAGUGAGACCGCCCACCUCUAGGACUGUCACGAGACCCUCCAUGGUGGCUUCAGGAGCCUCCAGGAUCCAUCUCUAAGGAUCUCUAUCGUCUCCUCCCCACAGAGCUGAUCUCUCUCUGGGUUCCUCCAGGUUCCUCCAGGUUCCUCCUUCCAUCUGUGGACUGGAGGUUUCAGAGACUCUGCUGGGAUCAGAUCAUCUGGAUGUGAGGGUUUAUGGAGCUGCUGUUUAACUGGAUGUUCAGAAGGAUUUAAUAAUUAUAAUAACGUAGUGAAAUAAUAUCCGACCACUUUAUCCACUGAUUGUUAGAAUUAAAACAGAAGAAACUGUUUAUUCCACUGAGUCACAUUCAUGUUGGAUUUGUUGCAUAAAACUGGACUUUUUAUUAUUUUUUUUAAACUUUUGUUUUCGGCUGGUUCAGUCUACAACAGGUUAAAUGAAUAGGAUUAAUAGGACUAUUUAUUAUUAACUAAUGAGGCUUAUUUGAGAUCCUUUCUGAUGUUUGAUGGACGCUGGUUUCUCAAAGACGUUGUCUGGUUCCUCUUCAACUCCUAAAUCCAUCUGAAUUCAAAUGAAAGAUAAAUCUGAAGCUACUCAAAGAUAAAAACUCCAGAAUCAGAAUUAAGAACUGUUCUUCAGCUGUCAGUGUUUCCUGAUGCUUCUUUACAGUUUUCAUCGUGGAAAUAUCUCAGAACAAACCACAGAAACCAGAUAAAGGGUGUCUAGCUGCAGUUCAGGCAGUCGGACGGUUUGUUUCUCGGUAAUUAAAGCAGCAUGAGGUGAAUUUUCCUCCCUUUAUUCCAUCAGCUGGUCCCACUAUUCUCAGUUUGGCUUCACAGAGAACCUUAAACUCACUGCUGGGUUACUUUCAGUCUGUUUUAAAACCUUCUUAGUUUUUUCUGUGAUCUUCUACCUCAGUAUUGUUCUGCCUCCACCUCCCAUCUUUGCAUGAGUUUCUAGAACUUCCUGUAAUCUCACCAUAGAAAACCUAAAAGUUGCUGCAGCGUCGUAGCACGAGUAGCGCUUUGUUACGUCCUGGAGGUGAAAAGACGUCUGAGUUUAAACCUGCUGCUGUUUCUGAUGAACUCAGUCUGAGCUACAGAACCAAACUGGCUCAAAGACCAACACCACUGGAAGCGAAGAAUAGGUCAAAGAGGGUUAGGAUUGGAAGGGUUAGGGUUUAAGGUUGGAGGGUUAGGGUUAGUUUUAGGGUUUAAGAGGUAGCGUUAAUGGUUGAAGGAUGUUGAUGUUAGGGUUAGUAGGGUUAGAGUUAAGGGGUUUAAGGUUGGACAGUUAGAGUUAGUUUUAAGGUUAAAGACUGGAGGAAGAUGAUGUUUCCUGAUACGAAGACGCCUCAUCUGGAAAUCUGGCAUUAAGAGGAACGUCCCUGUCACCAAAAAUUAGUUCAAAGAAGGUUAGCCUUUGGUAAUUAGCGUCAGGGUUAGAUUUAAAGGUUGGAGGAAGUCAGUGUUGGCUGACAUGAAGAUGCCUGGUCAGGAUUUACAGGUGCAUCAUCACUGUGGAGACAAAAGAUGCUAGAAGGGAAGUUAGUAUAAAACGACUAAUAGUAUGUUACAAUCAGCUGGCAAAAGUAUGUGGACAGCUGAUAUGGUGUUCAGACCAAUACUGUCCAAAUACUUGUGGUCUCAUUCUGUAUAAACUUGACUUUGAUCAGAGAAGUCAACAGGUUUAUUAUUCUGGAUUUAUAGUAGAAUUUAGAGCUGAAGUUAAUUAAAUAAAACAUGAUGAUUCCUGUAGCAUGAUGAUGUUUAGUUCCCCAGUAAACGUUCAGUAAACGUAAAAUACUUCUGACAGUGGUGAAAACAGGUUCUAUUCCUCCAGAUAUAAUGGGUUCAUCCUAGAACUUCCUCUUUCUUUCAGCCAACUAAUCAACCUACAGACGACUAAAACUGAUUGAACAAGACUGAAGAAGUUCUGAGGAUCUGAAGACUAAAAGUUCCACCUCAGGCUGGUAGACUUUAAAGCUCUCAUUCAUCUCUACAGUCAAACUGUGGAAUCCAGCGUCACCAAACCUGUUAAUGUCCUCAGAAACAAAAAAACAAAGGAGAUAAUUCUCUUUAUUUAAUGUCUGACGCUGUUACUGUUCUAGAAAUGAACCAACAUCCUUAAAGCAUCCAAACUUCUUUAGGAGGUCAGAAACUCCUGAUCUGAGCUGAAGAAUGGAUUUAAUGAUCUCCAGCUGGUUGAGAAACGAGCUCAACUCUGUUUGGAUUUCAGGAUUCAAACCUUUAAACUUGUUUGAACUGGUUUGAACCUUUUACCCAAAAACCUCCAAAUCCAGGUUCCUUGCUCAGAUUUAGUUAAAUUUGGUCCAAAAUUGGAGGAAAUUCUGAUAAAAGCAACAGCUUCUGGGUGUUUAACUCCAAAUGUUCCACCUUUACAAACGCCUGAGAGUUUCAUGGAUCUCUGUAGAUAUUAUUUAAUGUUUGAAGCACACAUUCAGGCUGCCUUCAUCACUAACUAGUCAACUCUAAAUCCAUCUUCUGCAGCUGAACUGAACUUGAUGAACCGAUGCAUCUUUUUGAUGUUCCCUGGGUUCUGUCUGGAAGGUCUGGUGGCCUUCAGCUUGGUUAUAGGAACAUGGCUGCUUCUCCUCCUGUCUGCUGUGGAGGAGAAUCUUUCUUCUGUUUGCUGUCAGGUGAAGCAGAACAACUAAAGGUAUCUAAUCUAUGCAACACGACCAAAGCUGAGGAGGUGUUGUGUAGACGUGAAGGUCUGCUGACUAUUAAUCUGCUGUAUGGAAGUUCACCACUGGCUCAUUUUUUACUUUCUAGACUCUGAGAUGAAGGUUAGUGGAGGUCUGGGUUGGUGUGAGAUCUUUAAACUAUAAAUGUGUGCCUUGCUCUACUGUUACUCCUCCUACCUUUUUCACUUCAACCACUGCUUUCCCAGCUAGAAGACCUGAAGGAUGGGAGGACAGGGUGAAAGCUGAAGCUGAGCUGGUGUAAAUAUGUAAAGGAGUGAGCCGGAGGGAUGCUUGGUGUUUGUGUUUCUCUGUGAUCUGUGAUGUGGAAUAUCUUUACUGUUCGUGUCGCCAUAAAGAGCUCGACUGCAUGGUUCCUGCUACUGCGAUGUAAAGCCGACUGUUGAAGAAUAAAUGUCAUUUACUGGAAAAACAA